AUGGCAUUACCAGCACUAACCAUUCGAAAUCUCUCCACAACUCCACUUGAGUUGAAACUAUUGGAACAAUUCGAAUCUGCUGAAAAGAGAGCUGGCGGGGUAAAUAUCACCAGGAUAACCAAAAGUCUCACUGGGUUUAUGAACCUCACCAGCACUCCAACCUCACCACAACUAGCAGAAAAGGCAGAAAGUUUCAGUCAUCAAGAUGUUUCCAUACCAAUUGGUCCGUUCGAAACCAGAGUUACAGAUAUAGAAGCAAAAGAAAACCAAGUCCUACGGUUGACCUUCGAGACAAAUGGCGAGCGAUAUCGAAUUGAUACCCCAACCCCUCUACAUCGAUCAACCGUUCUCACACCUCUCUCGCACAAUCCCACUUUCGAAUUCACAGGUUUAUAUCUACCUAAAUACUCCUUCCUCGCAAUAUUCUCGUCAGCGAAACUAUCAUCAUGGAUGUCCGAUCUCAAAGACGAGACCCCUUUGGCAGCUCUCAGUUUACCCGGUACUCAUAAUUCUCCAGCCUAUCACGCGGCAUUACCUUCCGUACGCUGCCAAGCUGUCAGUGUAGAAGAUCAACUCAACAAUGGAAUUCGUUUUCUUGAUAUACGGGUCCAACCACAAGAUCCAAAAAAUCCCGCUGCAGAGGGUCUAAUUCUCGUCCAUAGCGCUUUUCCAGUUUCUCUCACGGGCAAUAAAUAUUUCCGAGACUUGGUCAACCGUGUGAAUACAUUUCUGGAUGCGAAUCCUACGGAGACAGUCAUAAUAUCAUUAAAGAGAGAAGGUGUAGGAAAGGCUACGGAUCAACAACUUAGUCAAAUCCUCAACCAUCAUUAUACUCAGGAUUCUGCUCGUUGGUUCACAGGUAAUCGCAUUCCAGCUCUAGGGGAAGUCCGUGGGAAGAUUGUCGUUAUACGCCGGUUCGGCUUAGAUGACUCCUUGAAAGGGGAGAACGACGGAACAGGUCUAUAUAUCGAUGCGGAGAGUUGGCCAGACAAUUGUGCAGAUGGUGUGUGCACCAGUGGAGAGAUUCGAGUGCAGGACUUCUACGAGGUUGCAGAGUCGACGAAUAUCGAAAAGAAGAUUGAGUUUUCCACAGAUCAACUCGAAAGAGCCGCGAAAGCUGUGGCUGUACUUCCCGAAGAUAUGGGCGCUGCAAGUACAGAGUCGGCAAAGCAGCCAUUUUUCAUGAAUUUCUUGAGUGCUUCGAACUUUUGGAGAGCGAACUGUUGGCCGGACAAGGUUGCAGAAAAGGUUAAUCCAGUGAUCGUUGAUUUUCUGUGCAGAAGGCAUAACGAAUCAAUGUCGGCUGAACAUCCGGAUGGUGCAAGUAUAGGAGAUGGGAGUACGGGGAUUGUGGUUUGUGAUUGGGUUGGAGUAGGUGGGGAUUGGGACUUGGUGAGGUGUAUUUUGGCAAUGAAUGCAAAGUUGGAGCUCAGAGAGAAAGAUCUUCAUUAA